AUGCACGGCUCACAGGCCUCCUCCGGCAAGGUUACCGAUUGGGUCCACCCCAAUGAUAAGUCUGGCGAGUUUAAACGCCAAGUCAGCUCUUUCAGAAACUGGAUCUCUCGGGAAUCAGGUGCAAAGUAUCCUCCUGAGAAGGGACGAUAUCAUCUAUAUGUCAGCUAUGCCUGUCCUUGGGCCUGCCGUACACUAGCCGCCCGGAAGCUCAAGGGCCUCGAAAAUAUCAUCUCGUACUCUGUGGUGCAUUGGCACCUAGGUCAGGGCGGAUGGCGUUUUGUGACCAAGGAUGAGAAGGAGCCUGGGGAGAAUGUGAUUCCUGAUCCGAUCGAGGGCCAUGAAGGCUUCACACACUUGAGACAGGUGUACUUCGAGUCUGAAAAAGACUAUUCCGGACGGUUUACCGUCCCGGUACUGUAUGACAGGAAGACCAAGACGAUCGUGAGCAAUGAGAGCUCCGAAAUUUUGCGCAUGUUCAGCGCUGAGUUUGAUGAUCUCAUUGAAGAAAAGUACCGCGCGAUUUCCCUGUAUCCCGAAAACCUGCGCUCUCAAAUCGAUGAAACCAACACCUGGCACUACGACCUCAUCAACAAUGGCGUGUACAAGUCCGGUUUCGCAACCACAUCUGAGGCCUAUGAGCACAACGUCAUUGCUCUAUUCGAAGCGCUCGACAAGGCCGAGAAGCACUUGCGCGAGCAAAAGGACGGGCCGUACUAUUUUGGAAAGAAUAUUACAGAGACCGACAUUAGGCUGUACGUCACCCUGGUUCGCUUCGACCCCGUCUACGUCCAGCACUUCAAGUGCAAUAUCCGCGAUAUUCGCUCAGGAUAUCCGGCUCUGCACAAGUGGAUGCGCAACUUGUACUGGAACCAUGCUGCGUUCAAGGAGACCACGCAGUUUGAGCAUAUCAAAUGGCACUAUACGCGAAGCCACACACAGAUUAAUCCCUUUGCGAUCACGCCUGUCGGACCGUUGCCACAUAUUAUGAAGGCGGAUGAAGAGGUUCCUGCGGUCACGGCCAAGAUUUAA